AUGGCUGCUCCAGGGAAAAUUAAUUUCCAGCACUCGUCUACUGUCACCUUCCUCUCAGGCUCAGAGAUGCAGAUACUGGAAGUAGGAAAUCGAACAGACCACCAGGAGGCAAAAGUGGAUACAGGGAUACCAGAUAGGAGCAUAUUGCUGGAGUUCAUAUGGGAGAUGAUGAUGGGCUAUGGUUGUAGCACUGGAGUAUUGAACUUGCACUUGGUUGUGAAUGGUGUUCCUCGGUAUAGAGCCUCUCCCAGCGCCCCAGACCCCGACAGCAUCCCCGAGGGCAGCCAGGAGAGGCCCCCUGGGCUGUGUGAGCCGCCGGGGCUGGCAGAGGCUCUGAGCGCUCUGGGGCUGGAGGGAGAACGCGAGUAUGCUGGGGACAUCUUCGCCGAAGUCAUGGUGUGCCUCGCGUUGCGGAGGGCCCUGCUCCCAACCGUGACGCCAGAGAUGCGCACGCUAGUGGUGGACUGGCUGAUCCAGGUGCAGGAGUACCUGGGCCUGGCGGGCGACAUGCUCUACCUGACGGUGCACCUACUGGAUUCCUACCUGCGCGCCGGUCGAGUGUGCCUACACCACCUGCAGCUGCUGGGCGUGGCCUGCCUGUUCUUGGCCUGCAAAAUGGAAGAGUGCGUCCUUCCCGAGGUGAUGCUAUUUGCCACCUACUUUCGGGAGCUGUCUCUGCUGGAGGCCGAGGCCACAGGAUGGGAGCCCGGUUGGCGCGCAGCUGUGGUGCUGAGCCUGGCACACCGCUUGCUCGACGAGGAGGGCUCCAGCUUCGAGCCCUCGCUUUACAGUCCCGCAGAGCUGCGCCCGCUCGAGCCAUGCAUGGCUCUCGCCGUGCUCCUAGGCCCAGCGCCCAUCCACGCCGCCAUGUUCCUCAAGUACGCGCGGCCCCAGUGCCAGGGCACCAGCCUCGCCACCGCCCGCCUGCUCCGCCGCCCCCAGCCCAGGCCUCCCUGA